AAAUGUCAGAUUUCAAUGUUUUGCUGUUUUCCUGAGCUGGGCAGCAAUGUUUUCAUUUCAUUUUGUUCUGUUCUUUCUUUUGUGAGGUUGUAAUAUUAUUGUGAACUAUCUUGAGGGAUCAAAGUUCAGUUUAAACAGUAAAAAAGUUUAUUUUGUUGAAGAUUGCAUUUGUUUGAUUAGUGUUACAUUACUAUUUUGAUUGUAGGCCUAUCAAUAAUUUAUUGUCUUCCAACUUUCUGAACUUUUCAAAAAAAAAAAACGAACAAAAGAAAUAGUGUAUUAACUUCAUACCUUUCAACAUUCAGACGAAGGUUCAAUAUGAUUUCACCUGUUACUUUGUUGAGCUUGCAAAUGUUCGGCUUGCUGUGGUUGGGAGCUUCUGGUUCUAUUACUACUACUACAAUCGCUCCUCCCCGCACUGCUUCUACGACUACUACUACAACCACUACUCCCCCCACUACUUCUACUACUCCUCCUACUACGAUUCCUCCUAAUUCUACUACAACAAGCACACCUUCUCCAAGAGACAGUAAAAUAUGGGUGCUGCUUGUGGCCGGAUCCAUGGGUUUCUAUAAUUACAGGCAUCAGGCUGAUAUUUGUCACGCAUAUCAAAUCGUUCAUGCCAAUGGGAUUCCUGAUGAGAACAUUAUAGUCAUGAUGUACGAUGAUAUUGCUAACAGUGAUGAUAACGUAUAUCCUGGUAAAAUAUACAAUAAACCUGGUGGGCCCGAUGUCUAUAAAGGAGUACCUAAAGACUAUACUCUGAACGACGUCAACCCAACAAAUUUCAUAAAUAUUCUGAAAGGAAAUAAGGAGGCUCUGGCGGGAAUUGGAUCGGGAAGAGUUAUUGAGAGCGGACCCAACGAUCAUAUUUUUGUGAACUUUGUUGACCAUGGAGGUCCUGGUGUUUUAUACUUUCCCACCAAUGAAGAACUGAUGGCUGAUGAGUUGAUCUCAAACAUAACACAAAUGGCUAACAACAAACAAUUCGAAAAGCUUGUACUGUACGUCGAGGCUUGUUACUCAGGUUCAAUGUUCCAAAAUCUAUUGAAAGAUGACCUAAAUGUUUUUGUCACAACUGCCGCUGAUCCAUAUGAAUCGUCAUACGCUUGCUAUCAGGAUGACAGCCUCGGAACUUAUCUGGGUGAUGUGUUCAGUGUCAACUGGAUGGAAGAUACAGAACAGGAGAUUUUGACCAAAGAAAGUUUGAACCACCAAUUUGAAGUAGUAAGAGCUGAAACUAAAACAAGUCAUGUAGAGGAAUACGGCGACCUUGAUCUUGGAUUAACUAAGCUUUCAACAGUCAUUGGCUACAAACCUAUGCGCAUGCGUAAAAAUGGAUGGAGCAUGAAGAAUGAGAAGAGUUUUAUUAAAUUCAAAGAUGCAGUACCAAGUAUUGAUGUACCACCUACUAUUCUAAAAAAGAAACUUGACAACACAAAAGAAGUUUUCGAUAGAAUGGAAUUGAAAAUGAGUCUUCAUGUAAUGAAACAGAAAAGGUUGGUUGUUGACAAGCUAAUUUCCAGUAUCAUUUCCGAUGUUGCUGUUGGAAACUCAUCGAAAAUUACUGACAUUACCGACUCUAAAACUGAUCUCAACCAGGAGACAUUCUACUGUUAUAAAACUAUUUACAGAGAGUUCUCGGACAAAUGCUUGAACGUAGCAAAGAAUAUCUACGUUACCACCCACCUUUCGAAAUUUGUGAACUUCUGCAAUUUGCCAUGGACGAGACUGCCUGUGAUGUUGGAUGCCAUCAACAACCACUGCUCCAAGGGGAACUUCAGCCGCAUGGGUCUUAAAAAUGUCAUCUAAGACUUUGAGUACAACUUGAAUGGUCUGUGAUCUAAUAUGUCUAUGUUAACCGUUGCUUUUAUAUUGAUAUACAUUCAUACUAUAUUCUAUGUUGUAUAAUUUAACAAAAUAUUUUGUAUUUAGAUUUAAUUUGAAAUUACGAGAUAGUGAACAAAUAUUAGAUUUUUUGUGAUUUAACAGCUUUUAAUAUUAUUUUAUUUCUUAGUCAACUAACAUCACAUAGAAGUAGAGUGUUACGGUAACUUAUCUGUAUUCUAGUUUUGUAGAAAUUGUUUAGUUAUUUUUCGACUUUGGCAGGUUAACCGAACUAUAAAUGGGCUCAGGGAUAUAUGCUUUUAUUCUAAGCGUUUAUGCAGUGUAGUAGUCUCCAAAUAUCUUCUAACAUUGAAAUUUAUUAUUAUCAGUUGAAAUUAAUUGAAUUAGGCUACCUUAUUCUUAUUCAUUUGUACCAAUGUACCUAGAAUACAUUCUAGGUACCUUGAUUUGUACUGUAUCCUAUUAUUUGGGUUCACUAUGGAAUAUUUUGCCUUAUAAAUGGUUAUGGGUAGUGUUGUAUAUCAUAUGUGAAUGUAGAUCUUGAUAAUUCUGGUGUAUUAACCAAUAUUUAAAAAUUGUUUCCUUAUUCUCUAUAAAUUUUGUAGAAUGUAGAUUAUUUACUGUGGAAUCACGAACAAAACUGGAUUGAUGAUAUUGUACUUAUUGUAAGAUUGUAAUACAGGUAGAUUGUAUCUCUCGAUCAAAAUGUACAAAUAAUAUUAUUCAUUUGAUAACAAUAAAUGUGAUAUUUUUUAACUGUA